AGAAUCCAUCAGCAUUCGUGAAUGGACGAGCGCAAACGAAUGAUAUUCCAUCAUCACAUGGUCUUAUUUAUAAUGCGUCUACGGAUCCUAUCAUUAUAGAUGAAGACAGACAGCUGACUGACAAUGCAUCUCUCAAAACACAACCUUAUGAGACAGAAGGAAAAACUCUUAAUCCGGGUAGACUCUUCGACGAGAAAUGUCUUACCGCAUCAAGUAGAGUUGAGAAUGUUGCUUAUUAUUAUUAUUAUAUACCAGCAAAUACUGAAAACUUGCCUAACAUGAUUUCUACUCGGAAACCAAAUUUUACUAGUUAUCGAGAACCAGUACCAGAAAUACCUGAAUCGGAUGGUCCUACGAAAAUUGAUUUCGUUAGAAAAAGACCGGCUAUGUAA